AUGCCAGUACAACCUAUCAAACCCCCAGAGAGGACAGAUUUCAAAAUAUGGCAACAGAAUCUACGCAAAUCCAUGAACACCUCAGAAAAUAUGUUGAAAAACCUGGAUCCUGAAACCUACAACUUAGCAUGCAUUCAAGAACCUUACCUUCACCCCAUAAACCUUGCUAAUGCUUCUAAUCUCAGAUGUCACUGGGAUGUAUUAUACCCAUUGAAUCAUCACACCAACCCAGAGCGCUCCCAAACCAUAAUACUAAUCAACAAGCGCAUCUCCAAGAACACAUGGCAUAUUGUUCCCAUUAACUCGCUGAACAUAAUGGCCAUAGAUUUGACCGGAGCGUUCAGCAAGGUACAUGUCUAUAAUAUAUAUAACCCAUGCGACCAUAACAACAUGCUACAU